UGCUAUAAAGCAUGUUGAACCUUCUUACUCUUUCUAGAUAAUGGUUUAUUUAUUGUACUAAUGCUGCAAUGAAUACCAUAUUAGACUUGGCAGCUUUAGACAUUGAAGAGGGACGGCUACCUGAGUACUCUCCUAGGAGUCUAGAAUCUGGAACCCCAAGUUCAAGGGCCAGCACUUCUGAUUCAGAGGGUCAACCAGGUUCAACAGACAGUAAUAAUAAUAACCAGUGGCGUGGUUUCUUUAAAUUGCUGAAGAAAGGGUCCCAAAUGCCCUUCCAAACCUUUCAUCCACUUAAAAAUGUUCCAAAACUAACUAGAAGAAAGAGCAAAAGAAUCAGGGAGGACCUGAUUCCAUCUCUGAAUUCUCCAGCUCUUCAGUCAUCUUUUGACACUGAGUUUUGCGGCUUCAAAUCCUCCUGGAAAAAUUUCACUCUCUCAGAAAUCCAGUCUGCAACCAAUGACUUUAGCCAUGAUAAUUUGAUUGGGGAGGGAGGCUAUGCUGAGGUUUACUUAGGCAAAUUGGAAGAUGGAAACUUUGUUGCCAUUAAACGGCUAACAAGAGGGAACCAAGAAGAAAUGACUGCAGAUUUCUUGUCUGAGCUUGGCAUUAUAGUGCACGUGGACCACCCCAAUAUUGCUAGAUUGAUUGGAUAUGGUGUUGAAGGGGGAAUGUUUCUUGUUCUUCAGUUGUCUCCACAUGGCAGCUUGUCAUCCAUACUUUAUGGACCUAGAGAGAAACUGAGUUGGAGCAUCAGAUAUAAGAUUGCUUUGGGGACUGCUGUGGGCCUUCGCUAUCUGCAUGUGGGAUGUCAAAGAAGGAUUAUUCACAAAGAUAUCAAGGCUUCUAAUAUACUGCUCUCAGAGGAUUUUGAGCCUCAGAUAUCUGAUUUUGGGCUUGCAAAGUGGUUACCUGACCAAUGGACUCAUCAUACUGUCUCCAAAGUGGAAGGCACAUUCGGCUACCUUCCUCCUGAAUUCUUCAUGCACGGUAUAGUGGAUGAAAAGACUGAUGUCUACGCUUAUGGUGUGCUAUUAUUGGAGCUCAUUACUGGGCGACAAGCUUUGGAUAGCUCACAGAAAAGUCUGGUGAUGUGGGCAAAACCUUUGCUAUCUGCAAACAACAUCAAAGAGCUUGUGGAUCCAACUUUGGCUGAUGCUUAUGAUGAAGAGCAGAUGAAACUUGUAAUCUUAGCAGCUUCUCUGUGUAUAGACCAGACUUCAAUUCAGCGACCACAAAUGAGCCAGGUGUUACAAAUACUAAGAGGUGAAGAAGAGAGCUUGGAAAUCAUAAAAGAACAACAAAAGUCAAAACUUCAGAGGACCUACUCUGUAGAACUCUAUGAUGCAGAAGAGUACAACUCAACUAAGUAUUUGAAUGAGAUGGAUCGACAUAUGGAGACUAUUCUAGGCACCAGUAAUUCUAUCAAAGAAGAUAGCAAUGAAAACUAGAAUGUAUGGCCUGUGAUUCAGAUAUAGUGUCAUACAUGGAACUGCACAAGUUGAAAUUAAAGGGCAGUGAUUUAUUUUGCAGAACAUGAUCUGAUUCUACUUGGGGAUCCGGAGCUGGCCAGAAAACAUGGGUUGAAUAGGUUAAGGCAGAAACUUAGGUGCAAGCAGCAUAUUUUCAAUAUUUUAUUUAAUCAAAACGGUGUUGAAGUUAGGAUAUAAUUUGUGACCUCCAAUUAAACCUUCAGGAUGGUUGUCUUAAGUGGGGAUUACCUAUUUCCAUCGUAUCCACACAGCUUCAAUGAUCAUCAUCAAAUGAACAUGCCAUUUUCAGCAAGUUUUUUUUUAAUCUUUCUGUUGUAACUUGUAACCAUAAGCAGUUCUACCCAAGAAAAACUCCUAUAACUGUUCAA